GCAAACAGGGCGAGAGUGCAGAUCUCGCUUCAGUUGAACUGACUGCCUGAAAGUUGUGAAAUUGAGGAUAUGCAGUUGAAUGCGACAAAAGCUUGCGUUUAGUUUGUAAUCGUACCCCAUUUUCUGCACCAAUUAGCUAGGGAAAGGGCGCAUUGAAUGAUAAGAUACGCUUCAUCGAUAAAAGAUUCGUAGAAAUGGCGGGUUUUGUUUUAAUUUCGCGUAGCCUCCAGCGGGCAGACAAGUUUUUACCCGAACGGAUUAGUUAGAAAAUUGAGUCGGUAUCCUCGGCCAGUUUAUCUACCAAAUGUACUUGUUGGUCAAGUAGGCCUAUAAACUUUUUUAAAGUAAUAAUUCAUUCCUCCUAUUCAUUUCUCUCGUUUGCUGACUGGACCCAACAAUCAUGACGCCCGACCUCCUCAACUUCAAGAAGGGAUGGAUGUCGAAACUGGACGACCACGGCGAGUGGAAGAAGCACUGGUUUGUGCUGACAGACGCUGGUCUGAGGUACUACAGAGACUCUGGGGCUGAGGAGAAAGACGACCUGGACGGAGAGAUCGACCUCAAGUCCUGCGUCAAGGUGUCUGAGUUUGACGUGGAGAAGAACUACGGCUUUCAGAUCCAGACGCGCGAGGUCGUGGUCACGCUGUCGGCCAUGACGGCUGGGAUCAGGAGGAACUGGAUCGAGGUGUUGAGGAAGAGCAUCCGGCCCAGCACGUCCCCGGACCUCACACAGCUGCCAGACAGCAGCAGUGACAAGGAGAACUCCCACGCUCGCUCCGUGACCCCCUCCACCCGCCGCCCCUCCACCCGCCACGGGGAGUUGAGGACCGAUGUCCCCCCCGCCGCCCGGAGGUUCGACCAUGUGGAGCUCUCGCCGGUCCCCGCCCUCGCCAGUCCCCUACCGGCCAUGCAGAGAGAGGCGGGGGAGGGCCAGGGCAGGGAGCACGCCCAAUGGCAGGAGGAGAGGAACCGGGACGCCACCAGCAGCCAAUGGGAGGCGGUGCUGUCGAGGAAGGGGCCCGGCCUCGGUUCGGACCCCAGGCUACGGAUGGAGACGGAGAUCGAGAGGAAGUGGGCGGAGUUUGAGCGCCUGCCCUUGAAGGAGAUGAGGUCGUUGCCGCCAAUGGGCUCGCGGCCCGUCGGGCUUCAAGCCAAUGAGGCGCUGCAGAGGGAGGUGGCGUCUCUGAGGCAGCAGCUGGAGCAUUUGCAUGGGGGAGGGGGGCGAGGAGGCGGUCCCGAGGCGCCGUGGGGGCGGAGCCUGGAGGCCAUGGAGCGCGCCCACCGGCAGGCACUGGAGGAGCUGCAGAAACAACAUGGCCGCCAGACCAGGGAGCUGGAGGCGGAGAGAGACCGGCUGCUGGAGGAGGAGACCCAGGCCACAGCACAAGUGAUGGAGGCACUGAAGAAGGCCCACAUGGAGGAGCUGGAGAGGGAGGUGGAGAUGGCCAGGAGGAUGGGGGGCGGAGCCGACCCACAAACCUUGCGUGGCCAACAGCAGGCAGAGCAGCAGGCCCUCCAGAGGGAGCUGGCCGCUCUGUCAGAGCGCUACUCCCACAAGUGUCUGGCGCUGAACCGCGCCCAGCAGAGCAGCGCGGAGAUGGAGCGACAGACCAGCCUGAAGGAGAGAGACAUGGAGCAGCUGAGGAAGGAGAACCAGGACCUCCAGGCGCGCCUGGCCCAGGAGAUGACCCGCACGCUCUCCCUCGCCGCGGGACCAGGCUCGGAGCGUAUCACCACCAGCAACCACCACCAGGACAGGACUUCCACUGAACAGGAGGUCCUCCUCAGGGUGAAGGAGAACGUGGUCCAGUACCUGCAUAAGGAGAUCAGCUGCCUCAGAAACGAGCUGCAGUUCCUCACCUCGGAGAAGCGCGUGGCCUGCGAGCGCUCCGAGGAGCUCCAGGGGGAGCUGAGCAGCCUGAAGAGCCGGAGUGAGCGUGAGCUCCAGGGUGUGAGGGAGCACCUGAGGCUGGCCAUGGCUGCCCUGCACGAGGGCCAGGUCCUGGGGAACAGCCUGGAGCACUGACACCCCCCACCACCAGACCUGGAGAGAGUUCCACGGGCACAGAGAUGACAGCUGGGAGCAGAGGAGGAGGAAGGCCUGGAGGCUGACUGGCUGAGAGGGACCGCAAUAAUGCCUUAACUGUCAACCAUUCAGCCAACAAGAAGCUUAGACUAGGAAUCAUCUGAUCAACAAUCGGUCACAUUACACUGGGUCGCGCAUUAUAAGUAUCUGCACUUUUGUUAACGUUUUUUUUUUUUUUUUUUACUUCCGUUUUGUAUGAGUGCGAGAGGGUGUGAUUGAGUGAACAUUUUGGUCUAAGAAACUGGAAUAUUUGAGGACAGACAUUCUUCCCGGUGGUUGAUAAACGAGAGAGAGAACACGACAUGCGACAGUACAGAACGGCGUUCUAUGUACCCACACAUUGACAGUCUCCGCUGGGAAAAAGUUUUCCGACCCCUCCUGAAACCCCGAGGCCGUCUUCGUGUGACCUUGUGAGGGGGAUGGACGGGCGCAGUGAGGAGAGGGCUGCAGCGCGACGUCCGGAUUGGUCGAUAGGAGAUGACACUGCAUAGGUUAUACAUGGUCUGCCCUCAGGUCUCCAGUGAGAGGAAGCAUAUCUCGGGGUCGAGUAGGUUCCUCAGCUUGCUGGUGAAGACUGUAGGAUCUCAUCACGGAGUUCACAUUUUAGAUGGAAUACAGCAUUUCUUCAACAGAACUACUAGCAUCUCAUCGCCUGGCUUCGUACCUACUUGUAUCAUGUUUACAAUGUUUGUUUCUCUCUUUUCUCCACCAUAAAUGGGAGCUUAAAUUGAUUGAUGUUAUCACAGUUUUAUUUUUAAAUGAAUGUUUCGUUGCUUUUAGUCAUUCCUCUUUUGGACUUUGGAGAAUUUACUGUUUCCAUUGGGAUUCAUACAGGGAAAAACAGCCAAUUCCUGGAAAGCCAAUUAAUACUAAAUACAGUACUGCAUUUUAUGUACCUUCCUCUGUGUCCUGGAUUGCUUAUAAAAGGAUGAAUGGUGGUUAUUAUUUAACCUCCAAUUAGUCUUUUAUUUUUAUUUGUAAUUUUUUAACCAAGGCUGAGAAGUAUAUUUUGAGAUCUCUCUCAACCUCCAUUCCAAAACAAACAAUGUUUUAGGCAUGUUUGUGUGUGCCACAUCAAAUUACUAGUGUUGCAUUAAUGAGCCAAUGUUUUUUUUAUUGUCUUUUGUGAUGAGAUGAACUAGCUACCUGUAUUUUGAGAAAAAUAAAAUCAUAUUUAAUGUA